AUGUCUUGGUGCUCUAUUGAGUCGGAUCCUGGUGUCUUCACCGAACUUCUACAGCAGAUGCAAGUUAAAGGUGUUCAGGUUGAGGAGUUGUAUUCAUUGGACCUUGAUUCUCUUAAUAGUUUAAGGCCGAUUUAUGGUUUAGUAUUCUUAUUCAAAUGGCGUCCCGUUGAGAAGGACGAGCGUCUGGUGAUAAAGGAUCCGAACCCAAACUUGUUUUUUGCCAACCAGGUGAUCAAUAACGCAUGCACGACUCAAGCACUCCUCUCGGUCCUCAUGAACAGCCCGGAAAUCGACAUCGGGCCCGAGCUCUCGUCCCUGAAAGAAUUCACCCGAAAUUUCCCGCCUGAGCUGAAGGGCCUAGCUAUCAACAACAGCGAGCCCAUCCGCGCAGCCCACAACAGCUUCGCUCGGCCCGAAAAUUUUUCCCCAGACGAGCGGCAGAACCCCUCUGACGACGUGUACCACUUCAUCAGCUACGUGCCAGUUGACGGCGUACUCUACGAGCUCGACGGGCUCAAGGAAGGCCCAAUAAGCCUCGGCCCGUGUUCUGACGGCCCAGAGGAGGACAUGGACUGGAUACGGAUAGCAAGGCCCGUGAUUCAAGAGAGGAUAGAGAGGUACUCGAGGGAUGAGAUUGAGUUCAGUUUGAUGGCUGUGAUUAAGAACAGGAGAGAGAUGUACACGGCCGAGUUGAAGGAUUUGCAGAGGAGGAGAGAGAGGAUUUUGCAGCAGCUCGGGACUUUGCAGUCGGAGAGGAUGGUUGAGAGUGGUAAUGUGGAGUCUCUGAAUAGAGUGCUUUUGGAGAUCAACGGUGGGAUUGAAGGGGCUACUGAGAAAAUACUUGCUGAGGAAGAGAAGCUGAAGAAGUGGAGGACUGAGAAUAUACGCCGGAAGCAUAAUUACGUGCCGUUUUUGUUCAACUUCUUGAAGAUGUUGGCUGAGAAGAAGCAGCUGAGAGGGCUUGUGGAAAAGGCUAAAGUGAAACAAAACCAGUCACAGUGA